GGGCAUGCGCCCCUCCGCGGGCAACUCAAGCACAGGGCCCCAGGCCCAAGGAGUUGCCCAAGAGGCUGGGCGGCUCCUCCCCGGGGACCCUCCCCCUCUGGGGCGCGUCAUUCUCCCCACCCCCGGGUCCGACCCCGGCUGCUCCUCGCACGCCGGCCACGCAGGGACAAAUCUCAGCCACCUGCUCCAGAGCCGGGGCGCCGGGGCACCGUCCGCCCCAUGGAGCUGCCGGCCAGCAACGCCAGCUGCGAGAACGGUUCCCUGAUCAGCCUGUACUGCUCCUCCCAACAAGUCCUGUGCCGGAUCGUCGGUGACCUCAGCCCCGAGGUGCUCAGCAGUGCCAUCUCCAACAGCUGGCAGGAGAGGUUCAGGCAGAACUACAGCUUCUACGUCGGCCUGGGGCUGGCCUUGCUGUCCAGCUUCCUCAUCGGCACCAGCGUCAUCCUCAAGAAGAAGGGCCUCCAGCGACUGGUGGCCUCUGGUGCCACGCGGGCUGUGGACGGAGGCUACGGCUACCUGAAGGACACAAUGUGGUGGGCUGGAUUUCUCACCAUGGCUGCCGGAGAGAUUGCCAACUUUGGGGCCUAUGCGUUUGCUCCUGCGACAGUCGUCACACCACUGGGAGCGCUGAGUAUCCUCAUAAGUGCCCUCCUUUCCUCAUAUUUCCUGGGAGACAGUCUGAACCUGCUGGGGAAGCUGGGCUGUGCGGUCUGUGUGGCCGGCAGCACAGUGAUGGUGAUACACGCCCCCGAGGAAGAGACGAUCACCACCGUCAUGGAGAUGGCUGCCAAAAUGAAAGACACAGGGUACAUCGUGUUUGCUGUGCUUCUGCUGGUGUCCUGCCUCAUCCUCAUCUUCGUCAUCGCCCCACGUUAUGGACAAAGGAAUAUCCUCAUCUACAUCGUCAUCUGCUCUGUGAUCGGGACCUUCUCCGUGUCCGCCGUCAAGGGUCUGGGCAUCACCAUUAAGAACCUCUUCCAGGGGCUGCCAGUUGUGCGGCACCCUCUCCCCUACAUCCUGUCCCUCGUGCUGGCACUUUCGCUCAGCACUCAGGUCAAUUUCCUCAACAAGGCACUGGACAUCUUUAAUACCUCCCUGGUGUUCCCCAUCUACUAUGUGUUCUUCACCUCGUUGGUGGUGACCUCCUCCAUCGUCCUCUUCAAGGAGUGGUACAGCAUGUCGGCCGUGGACAUUGCGGGCACCCUCUCUGGCUUUGUCACCAUCAUCCUGGGUGUGUUCAUGCUUCACGCUUUCAAAGACCUGGACAUCAGCCACACCAGCCUGCCCCACAUGCACAAAAACCCAACCCCCGCUCCCGCCCCAGAGCCCAGCAUUAUUAGACUUGAAGACAAGAAUGUUCUUGUGGACAAUAUAGAACUCUCCAGCACCGCAUCACCAGAAAAGAAGCCCGAAGUAUUCAUAAUCCAUUCGUAAAGCUUGGAAUACAUGAGUGAGAGGAUGAGCCCUGUGGUACAGCCUGACUGCUCAAUUUCAGAGCCACCUGGUUAUUUUCAACACAACUCCUCUUACCAGUGGCCUCUCUUUUCUUGAGACGUUCAUUUAUACCUCACUGCUGUUUCCGGGAGAAAAAUCCCUACCCAGUGAGCAGUGGCGGUAGAACCUCCUGGAAACACAGCCUCAGUGACCAAAUACCCUACUUCACAUUGGUGCCAGCAGGUCCCCUGGACCUCCCGUCCUACUUGUUUCCUCAGUGCCAUCUCUGUGUUGUUGGGAGGAAGAUAGGAUUUGAUCUGUUGAAUGUAGCACAAGCCAAGAACUUCCCUGAAAUGUUGGUCAUCAGGAAAUCCCUCGCACUGAUUCUCCUCCUGAGACUGAUUCACCGUUCCU